GAAGCGGAUCCUUAAAGCGCGAGCGCGUGUUUUUCUUCCUGCACGUUCGCGCUGUUUGUUUGUUUGGUUGUGUAACGUUAAUCAGUUUGUUUUUCGUUCUCCGUCGCUUUAGUUUGUCGUGUUUUAUAACCCGUCGUCUUUAUAAUGCCCAAGCGCUCGUAUCCGUUCAGCGAGAGCUUCUCCUCGCAGUAUAAAGUCCAUGUUGGCCAGAAGGAGCUCAAUAACUGCGGAGUUUUUGGACUCAAGUACAGACAAGAGGUUUAUGAAAAGACCAAAAACCUGCUCUUCAACGGGACCAAAGCCAUGAUGGGUCGAAUCUGGAAGGCGGACGCGGCAGAGAAGGCCUCAGACGCGCGUGUGUCCGAUCAGACCGCUGUAUCUGCGGCUCCUGGACAUCAGACGCUUCUCAAGGGACAGACCCGCAUCGGGCUGGACGGACGGUUACAGAGAGCAAACGCUGCUGCAGGUUGUGCGGCGGCUCCUUCAGCGUGUUGCGUGUGUCAGAGGGUCUCGGGUUCGAGGAAGCCGUGUUCUCAGUGCGAGCGUCCCGCGUGUGCAGCGUGUAUCCAGGAGUGCAACAUCUGCUCCGAUCGCUGCUGCUCCUUAUGCGCCGUCACAGAUUACAGUGAGCGUUAUGAGCGCGUCCUCUGCUGUAGCUGUUCAUCCUGAUAGCAGUGAUCAGAACAGACGACUGAUGACCAUUACACCAGACAAUAUUUUUAAUGCAUUACCAAUUAAAUAUAAAUGAGAUUACUAUUUUAUAUAUGCUUGCAUUUGUUUCUUGCUCUUUCCCUCUUAUGUACAUACACCUAUGAGUAUUGAAAUAAAAUCUUGACAUUAAUACUU